UCUCCUACCUCAUUUUCUUUCCUGCUUGCCCUUGCGCGUUAUCUUUCUUCCACAAUGCUGGCAUCUGCCAUUGAACGCCCUACCUACAAGCGCGGCAAGGUGCCGCCUGAAACCCGGCCGCUGCUGCAGAGAAUCCACUGGGUGCACGUCACUCUUCUCUUGUCUACACCGCUGUUGGCGCUGUAUGGCGCUAUGACCACAGAUCUCCAGACCAAGACGCUGGUGCUGAUGGUGGUUGUGUAUCUGAUCUCCGGCCUUGGCAUCACCGCCGGCUACCAUCGCCUGUGGUCGCAUGUGUCGUACGAAGCCUCAUAUCCGCUCCAGGUAUUCCUUGCUCUAGCAGGCUCUGCUGCUGUCCAAGGGUCGAUUUUCUGGUGGUCGCGGGACCACCGCGUUCACCACCGGUACACCGACACAACGCGCGACCCGUACAAUGCGCUCGAGGGCUUCUGGCACUCGCACAUGGGCUGGAUGCUGGUCAAGAAGGACCGUCGUCGUCUUGGAUAUGCUGACACGUCGGACCUGAAGUCAAACCCGCUCGUCCGCUGGCAGCACAAGUACUACCCGCUCUUGGUUCUGACCCUGGGCGUGGCCAUCCCAACCGCCAUUGCUGGCCUUGGCUGGGGAGACUGGCGCGGCGGGUUCUUCUACGCGACUGUCCUGCGCAUGGUUGUCCUUCACCAUGCUACCUUCUGCAUCAACUCGCUGGCACAUACCAUCGGUCGCCAGACGUACGACGAUGCCCAGACUGCUCGCGACUCGUGGAUCACUGCUCUGGUGACCAUGGGCGAGGGCUACCACAACUUCCACCACCAGUUCCCGAACGAUUACCGCAACGCCAUCCGCUUCUACCAGUACGAUCCGACCAAGUGGUUCAUCCGCGCCAUGUCGACACUUGGCCUCGCUUACGAUCUCAAAACAUUCCCGUCCAACGAGAUCGAGAAGGGGUUCAUUGCCAUGCGUAUGAAGGAGCUGAGGCAGCGUGAGGCGCGCGUCAACUACGGCGUGCCCGCAGAGAAGCUUCCACUCAUGACCGAAUCAGAGUUCCUGGGCAAGGUCAGGGAUAGCAAGAAGCAGUGGAUGGUCAUUGAGGGCUACGUCUACGACGUCGCCUCGUUCAUCCACGACCAUCCGGGUGGCAAGGGCCUGAUCAAGAGCGGCGUUGGCAAGGACAUGACCGAGGCCUUCAACGGCGGUGUCUACCAGCACCACAAUGCUGCGCGCAACCUGAUGAACACAUCGCUGCGCAUCGCCCGCCUUGCUCCCCGGGUCAACUAGACAUCUGUGCGUUCCACCAUCUGAAAAUGCAUAUAUCCUGCCUUCAGUUGCAUGGAGUCGUGAGUUCCUGGGGCGUCGAUCAUCGCCAUCCCAG